UUUAUUUUUUGUAUGUAGGUGUUGUGAAUUUUAACAGUAGGGUAUUAAAUAUUUAAAUUCGCCUUCUUGUGAAAUAUUUCUUUCAAUAGAAUAUUUUAUGAGGCGGAUUUGGAGCAGUGUUUAUAACCAAUUCUCGAUAAUGGCUAAUUUACCACCACGAAAGAUAUCUUCUUCGAGUAAAAGUUCGAAGCAGGAUACAUCUCCACUCCAAAUUCUUCUUCAAAUGGGGUUUUCGCGGCACCGGGCCUUAAAAGCGCUAGCGGCAACGGGCAAUCGGAGUGUCCAAUUAGCAUCAGACUGGCUCCUCACUCAUGUAAAUGACACACACAUCGAUGUGGAUGAGCCCCGGGAAUACAUACUCUAUGCGAGCCCUACGGGACCAUUGCUGGCACAGUUACUAGAGUUUUGGGAAAAAUCGAAAAAUCACACUGGAUGGAACGGAGCUCACAAUAACCCACCACAUAUCACAUUAGUGUCCUUUUUUAAGGCACCCGAUGAAACGUCCCUGCAACUAGCUAAGGCAGUGAAGCAUGUUGUUGAGACUGUCGGAGACCCACCCUCCUGCCCCCUCAAGCUGGAGCCCUACAUUUCACACAAUUUCAUGGGCCUAUUUGUACCCGAUGAGCAUGCUGAAUAUCUCAAAAAAAUGGCAGUUCAAUAUGUGAAACUGGUUUCAUCUGCAUUGGGUGUAUCGGUGGAUACUUAUGAACGUUUGGAUGCAUUGGGAACAUGCUUUCCUUGGUGUGCCAUGCCACAAGAGAAAACAUAUAAAUCAAUAAACCUGGAGCCGCACGUGAAAUCGCUGCAUAUCUCGCUGGCCUACCGCUUCGACGAGGCGGCCUACGACGCGCUGCGGGCGCUGGUGGACGACCUACAGCCACUGGGCCCGGCCGGAUGGCAGUUGCGGCUCUACUCCCGAGACCCGCGCUUCGCCAAGCACCAGGUGCACAAAGUGACCCAAGGCUACGCUCCGCAGGCCAGCGAUGAACUUGAACUGGUGCUCGGCGACUACAUCUACGUGGACGAUAAGGAGCUGGAGGCGUCGAGCGACGGCUGGGUGCACGGCACGUCGUGGCUCACAGGCGUCACCGGCUGCCUCCCCGCAGUGUAUACGCAGCGCGUGGCGGAGUCGGACGCCUGGACGCUGCACCGCGCGAUCUCGCUAGGAAACCAAGGCACAGAUAGCAAAUCCGAAUCUGAUUCGAACACGGACGGCGAGAUGUCAUAUCCGCACGAAGACGCUGCCAUGCUCGGCCACGAGAAGUCCGAAGAGUUCUACAAGGACUGGGGCAAGUACUGGGAGACUGUCCAGCUCACCAAGACCGAGGGCAUCCUGAACGUCACGCACGGUAGUGGAGUUGACUGGAAAGAUCAACCGUCACCUGAAAAAAGCGAAGUUGAAAUGGCGACUAAUGCCAAGGAAGGCGGCAAACAGUCGGAAGAGGACGGCAAACGCUGGGUGUUCGCGAUGCGUCACGGAGAGCGCGUGGACCUCACGUACGGCCACUGGGUGCAGUUCUGCUUCGACGACAAAGGGAAGUACGUCAGGAAAGACCUCAAUAUGCCGCUCAGCUUGGGCGAGAGGGUGGGCGGGGCCGAGUCUUACGCGAAGGACACGCCGCUAACUCGCGUGGGCCGCUUCCAGGCGCAACUGGUGGGAGAAGCUAUGCGCCUGGCUGGCAUCUCAGUCAAGCACGUGUACGCCUCCGCUGCGCUGCGCUGCGUCGAGACCGCCGAUGAGUUCUUGAAAGGUUUGCAAGCUGAUCCAUCUGUGAAGAUAAGGGUGGAGCCAGGUCUGUUUGAGUUCAAGCUGUGGCAUAUGGCCAAGGGGCUGGCGCCAUUCAUGACGCCGCAAGAGCUUCUCAAGGCGGGAUAUAACGUCGAUGUGGAUUACAAACCGUACAUAAAUAUGGAUGUGGAUACUACGGAGACCCUCGAAGAGUUUUACGGAAGGAACGAGAAAGUGAUGCAUUUAGCUGUCAACGACACAGCUGCUGAAGGCGGGAACGUGAUAUUCGUGGGCCACGCGUCGACCCUAGACAUGGCAGCGUUCGCUAUGCAGCGCAAGGAGCGCAUCGCUACGGGAGGAGAAUCGAACGAGCCGAGCUACCAGAUCGGCAAGCAUCUGCUGCGGGUUCCGUACUGUGCGUUGGCAGCGAUCCGCGGAGCCCCCUGGCGUCUGGUGGCGCCGCCAGUGCCGCCAUGCAUCAACUCCAGCUCGGGACGCUUUGAUUGGAAGAUACUGCAGGAACAGCCACAAUCAUUACCUUAGACACCACACCACUGCCAACUGAUUUUGAACCAUAAGACAUGACUAAUGGUUCGAAAUAAUACAAUAACGGUAUCGUCAUUAAAGCCAGGUUAGCGAGUUCAAUUUUGAACUGUAAACCACGAUUUUAAGGAUCAAAAUAAUUAAAUAAAUCGCCAUUUUAGCCAAAUCAGUGCAAUUAUGUUAAAAAAUAACAAAAUGGUAUUGCCACUGCCUAUUUAAACCUCCUAGUGGGACUGUCCCGAGUAUAAAACUCAACGCGUUACAUUUUGCGUGACAGAACACAUUUAGGCGAUGCGAAACUUGCUAUCUUUCGAAACCUUUUGAUUCAUAUUUCAAUGCCGUUGUGUGUUACUAACAUAGAUAUGCAGUUAUUCAUGUUAGGUUCAGUUAUAAAACAAAUAGAGAAAUUGAAAAAAUUUAGGCAGGAAACAAUACUUACGACAAUUAUGAUUUUCAAUGUUAUUAUUAAAAGGGUGUAUAGAACCUGAAAGUGUUGUGAAACUGUGGGAACAUGAAAUAACUCUUAAAUGUUUAGAUUCAUAGUUCCUGUUUGUUGCUAAAAUAGUUUUAUAGUAUAAUAAUUGUAUCUGAAUAUCGUUGUCAUAAAUGCAGGCAUUGUAGUUUGUGCCAUGUUCCAAAAUAGUAAAAAAAAUGUCUUCCCAUCUUUUUCAUGAGAAUUUACGUCGUCAAAAUGGCACUAGAGGCUUGAUUUAUUGAUUUUUGGUGCUUAUGGCAUAUACGUUCGUCGCUCAUGGUACAUAUUGACAUCAACACUGUGUUUUACGGUAAUUAUAAUAGUUAACGCCCUGUGUUGUGGGUGUAUAUGGGUAAAAAUAUAGAUUACGCGGUAUGUCGAACAUGGUAUUGAUUAAAUGUUUUUUAUUUUAUUAUACGGGUACAUUAUAUGCCAUUUAUUUCUUCUAAUAAUCACGGUACUUUUCUUUGUAUACUGAAGUAUUACUAGAUACUGUUCCCUAAAAAUAAAUACCUAUUUCUUUAUAGAUGUAAAACUAAAAAUAUUUUAUUGCCCUACUGCUGAAAGCUUGGCAAUGACAGGCUAUGAAUAAAAUAAUAGCAAAAUAUAAAAGGAUUUGAGUUACUAUACAUAAACAUAUCCAUUAGUACUAAUUUUAAUACUGUGAUACUAAGUGAGUCUUCAUAGAUUGUAUUGAAUAAAAUGAUGAAUAAAUAAGUAUAGAUAAAUAAUUUUAAUAAGUGCAUAAGUUGUAACAAAAGGUACAUUAGUUUUUCUUUCAGAAGGAACUACAGUCGUAGUAUAUCAAAACUCAUUUCAGUACUUAUAAAUUAAAGCAAUUUGUACUUCUUUAUCUUUUAAGUGGCUUUGUGAGUUAGGUUUUGUGUUGUCAAGAUUUUUAGCAUGUGUAAUAUUAUUUUUAUUAUAUGCCUGAACGUUAAGGAUGGGUGAUUAUU